CUUUGUUCAGGAGAAAUUAGCUGAAAAUGAGUGAGCACCAUCACAGUGUCUUCCUGAUUAUGAUGCGAGGAAUUCUAAAUUGUAUGGAGUUAUCCGAUCUACCAGUUGCUAUGUAUGCACUUACUACCGGAGUUACAUGAAGAUGGACAUACUAUUGAUACAGGACUGUUAGAGAGUAUGGACAUCCUAGACCAACACAACACCAAUCGUCCCUCUGAGACAGCAGACUACCACGUGCUCGUGACAUCUCAUCAUCUCGUGUCCCAAACAAAACACCUGUCAUUACAGCGACAGUCCUCCCGGCUUUCGAUAUCUAGCUUUGUCAAAGUCGGCUACCCAGGCGUCAUCUAUGCGCAAGGCUUGCCAAUGUCAAAUCUAUGCACUGUCUGUCCCUAAAAGUGCGAUUCGUGAAACCCACGGAUCUGGCCAUCGAUAAGCGUCACCAGGAUUGGUCUAAGUUCCAGAAGGUCGGAGAAGUCGUGGAAGAAAUGAGACGAUGCGGGAGAAACAAAUAUAUCACAUAUUGGAAACUGGUUUGAAAUGAAUCAGCAUGCUCUGUACGGGCGAAGGCCAUCUCCGUCACGAUCCCUCCUUGACUCGGCAGGCUACGCAAAUUACUAAG